UAGAUCCGCCCUCAGAAGCGCACAGCUCGGGGUUGUAGUCGGGUUGAGGUCGGGAUGGUGAUAGGAGUCCCUGGAUUUGACAGCGCGCAUUGCGAGAGGAGCAGCUUUACGCACGAGCAACAUUUGGCCGCACCCGCGCCAGAGAAGGAGCCCGGGUCUCAUGGUGGGUGCUUCCUCCGCCGGUGAAGCACUGGCCGAUUGAAUGUCACCUCCGCCGCUUUCCAUGGAUUACGGAAAGGCCAUGGCCCCUCCGGUGCCCCCGCACAACCCGCAGCCCGCCCGGCCGGGGCAGCAGCAGGAGCGGUUGCUGAAGUGCGUCCUGCUCGGCGAUGGAGCGGUGGGCAAAACCAGCCUGGUGGUCAGCUACACGACGAACGGAUACCCGACCAAAUAUGUCCCCACUGCGUUUGAUGACUUCUCGGCUGUGGUUCAGGUGGAUGGAAACCCGGUGAGACUACAGCUGUGUGACACUGCAGGACAGGACGAGUUUGACAAACUCCGGCACUUCUGCUACAGUCGGACCGACGCCUUGCUGCUCUGCUUCAGCGUGGUCAGCCCUGCUUCAUUUCAGAACGUCUGGGAGAAGUGGGUCCCCGAGAUCCGACGCCGCUGCCCUCUCACGCCCGUCAUCCUCGUGGGAACGCAGUGCGACCUGCGGCAGGACGUCAAGGUGCUGAUCGAGCUGGCGAGGCGGAGGGAGUUGCCAGUGCAGGAGGAAGACGCCAGAGCGCUGGCGGAAAAAGUAGGGGCUGUGACGUACAUUGAGUGUUCAGCACUGACGCAAAAGAAUCUGAAGGAGGUGUUCGACGCGGCCAUCGCCGUGGGGCUGCGGCACUCUGACAGGAGAGCCCGACGGGAGAGGAAGGUCCGCAGCACAGCUGAUAAGAUGAAGAUGCUCUCCAAGUCCUGGUGGAAAAAGUACGUGUGCGUCCAAUAGGGACGGAGGAGAUUCAUUUUCCUGUGACCGAAACAAAAACUGGAACUGCUGACUUGUCUGGAGGGGCUAACAUGGAUGUACGAACAAUUUUUACAUACAACUGGACGACCCCAGAUGUGCUGGCCAGAGCAGCUUUAAUUCAGUGGAACAACAGAUCAACAGAGGCCGAGCGCGCCUCUCUGAGCUGCGGAGUGGUUUCAGCUCUGGCAUGGUUUCACUCCGACCAUUAAAAUCCAGUAGAUGCCUGAAAGACAGAGACCACGAGGCUGUAACCACUGUCUGCUGCUCGGAGCCAGACUCAACUGUUAAAUAUGACUGUGACCAGCGCUCAACCAAAAAUUAUGGAGCUAAUAAACAUUUACAGCACAUGGACUGCACAUCGUACUGAUCUUGUCCAAAGGAAAUGUGAGCUGGACUUGGAGGGGAGGUGUUCAGGCGGCGAUGUUAUGUACUAAAAGUAUACUCCUCCUUUUUUAUUCUGAUUUGAUGCCUUACUUUAAAAAAAGUAUAUUACUUUAUGUUCUACACUGUAAUCCCGCACCAAACACUUCUGAUAGAUGCUCAGCUUAAAUCCGAGAUACUAAAAAAUUUAAGUGCACAUUUUCAAAAUCAGAGUAAAACUUCAAUGACAGUUCGGUAGGAAUCAGAUCUGAAUUGUUUUAACUCAUUCACUGUUGAAUUACAAUCAAAUGUACAUGAGUAUGAAUUUAUGUGAAAUCGAUGGGUUUGAACGGUGGAACUUGUUUGGGAGCUGUCACAUCAGUCUGUCCGUUCACGUUGAACUACGAGCUAGUGCAGGGGUUCCUCCCCACCGGCUUGUGUCUGUGCCACAUGUUGACUCAGCUGUCGCACUGUUGGUCAACCACCCAGUCAGAGGUCUGUAAGCUCCUCACCAAUACACAACCUGCAGCGUGGAACACGUGUCUGCUGUAGGUUUUAAACACUUCAGGUCACUUUGACUGAAAACAGUUUCUUCAUUUUCAGGCCUUUUGGUUUCAAUACGAGUAGUGCCGCUGUACAUUGUCCUUAUCAAACAGUCCAAACAUAUCACUGAAGUCUUGCCAUGCAAUGGCCUUUGUACCGGUGGUGUGGAAACUUGUGCUGCUUGUGACGUAAAUCCGAAAUGGCCGAUCCGCACUACACACCACUGGUUUAGACGAUCACAGGGUCUUUCCUUGUCCUUGUGGUCGGCGCCUUAAACAGAUCCUGAUCUGUCUUUGUUUCCCUAAUCAUAAAGUGAACCAGGUGAAAUCACCAAAGAGACUGACUCUUAUGUUUUGCUUCUUAUUUUUCAGAAGCCCGUCAACUCAGCUCUGUCUACUUAUCUGUUCCUUCUGGGCCGAUAAGCGAUCAACAGCGAUACAGAGCAGAUGUAUGAAAACACACGAUAUGUCAUUAUGUAUGUUACAUAGUAAUCACUUAAGAUGUUUUGUAAUGUCACCUGAGCUGUCCGACUCUAAACGGUACUUUUAACGGUGUGAGCGUCUCAGUUGGUGUCUGAUUCUGGCGUGAAAUGGUUUUGUUGAGCUGUAUGAGCGGACAAAAUAAAAUGUGAAAUAUUUAA